AACGCAAGGACGUACAGCCCCUAAAUCGCCCGCCAUUUUCAAAGCAGCACGAGCGCGGGAAAGUUACUUCUGCGCAUUGGAUUCUUUUUUUAAAUAUAUUCGAAUUAAAAAAGUUUUGCAAGAUAGAUUCAUUGUAUUUUAUCUAUUUAAAUGAAAUACCUUUUAUGUAUUUAGUUGUUAAAGUGAUAAUUCAUUAUUUGGUGGGAUUUUGUAAAGGUUGAACGGAAUGAAGAAUUUCCAGUAACUAGCUCACAAUCUCUUUAAAAAUGAACACCUCAAUGGAAGGAUUUUGUUCAACUUUAAUAGUGCUCUUGGCGCUUAUCGAGACUAUAAAAUCGAAUACAAAUGAAACUAGUAGCGCAGAAGAACGCAAAGGACGUGUCAAUGGACGUAUUGUGAAACUCUAUUCAGGAGCAAAACCAGAUCCAAUUUUAUGCUUGGAAGAGGGCUUUAAAGCUGACCCAGUCGACUGCACUGUAUUCUAUCGGUGCACAAAAUCUUUUAAAGAAAAAUAUACUGUUUUCAAAUUUCAAUGUGGACCAGGGACAGUAUACGAUCCAGAAACUGAAGUAUGUAAUCACCCGAGAAAUACGAAACGAUCUGAAUGCGGUGGCUUUAAUCCACCGAUAAUGCAAGAAAGCGAAAACGAAGUAGAGGAGAAUCAAGAACUUCCGUCCCCUAUAAAUUCAACGUUACCUGUUUAUACAUCUCAUAUCGAAUCAAAAAACGUCACAACAUCAGCACCUGUAUUCACGACUCAGAAGAUAGAACAAUUUACAGAUCCUAAACCAAGUGCACCAGCUUCUUAUCCCACAUUAACGACAACUGAACGAGAAUACGUAGACAAUUCUAAUAAUUUCAUAUCGUAUCCAUGGACAAAUUCCGAAAAUAAAACUCAGCAUUUAGUGGUGCCUUUUACAACAGUUCAACCAAAUCACGAGAAUAGUUUUUCGUGCACUUCGGAUGGAUUCAUCGGUGAUAGUGAUAAUUGUAGAAAGUUUUAUAGAUGUGUGAGUGAUUCACGUGGAGGUUUUUUACGAUAUGAGUUUAUGUGUAGUGAAUCCACAAUAUGGGAUGAUAAUAUACAGAGCUGUAAUCAUGCGUGGGCUGUACGAAAUAAGCGAUGUGGUCGAGGUGAUUUUGAGAUUAAAAACGAUAAUGUUAAUAGUGUUCAAAGUUUGAAUGAACCAAACCAACAAAAAGAAAAUAAUUUUGAAAUAAAAGAAAAGGAAGAGCACGUUUAUGAUAACAAUGAUGUAUUUAAUGGGGAUAACAUUCAAUUCGGAAGUAAAUUAAAUAACGAAAAACAAAAUACAAUUAAACAAAAUCAUAACACAAUCAUAACUUCUGUAAACCAACAAGAACCCAGUAACAACUUACAGGAUAAAAUUAAUGAUAAAUAUAAUGAUCCAGAAAUAGAGGUACAUAACGAUGUAGUUAAUGAAAUAAGUCAAUAUUCUACUUCGUCAGAUGCUCCAUAUAAUUUCCAGGAAAAUACUGCAACUAUUGACAACAGAAAAAAUAUACAAUGUACACAAAGUGGGUUUAUGGCUGAUACAGUUGAUUGCAAGAAGUUUUAUAGAUGCGUUGAUAAUGGAAAAGGAAGUUUUACAAAAUAUGAAUUCUCAUGUAGUCAAGAAACAGUAUGGGAUAGCAAAUUGGAAGCAUGUAAUCAUGCAUGGGCUGUUGAAGAUGGUAGUAAAUGUGGUGGAAAAUUAUCAGAUGGAAAUUCUAAUACUGAAGUUUCUACGAAAACACCAAUUACUGCUAGUACUGAUAGUGCUAUUGAUGAAGAAAAUGAUUUUGGAUACGUGAGUCAAUCGAACAAACCACAUGAACAAACAACGUCAUCGACAAUUCUCACAACAAUAUCAUUACUUUCAACAACUGAUAUUUCGAAAGUAAUAAGUACAGAAUGCACGUCAAGUGGAUUUUACGGAGAUGUAAAUGACUGUCAGAAAUUUUACAGAUGUAUCGACAAUGAUAAAGGGUCAUUUACAAAGUAUGAUUACAAAUGUGGCAAAGGAACUUUAUGGGAUCAAAAUAUAGAAGCAUGUAACCAUGCUUGGGCUGUUAAGUCUUGUAAUCAAACUAUAAUAACAAAUACAACGCAAGAAACCGGUGCUUAUGAUACUGGAAUAACUACAACCGUCUCAUAUAUUCAACCCACUAUGGAAAAGGAUAAUGAAAAUUCUAAUUUCGAUUCUGGUUAUAAUAAUCAGCAAAGUAUAACCACCUUGAAGCCCGAUAAAGAGUUAUUAGUUACUACAAUAAAAAAUCCACAGAUUCAAAAUUGUCAAUCCAGUGGAUUCAUUGGUGAUGCUAAAGAUUGUAAAAAAUUCUAUAGGUGUGUAGACAAUGGGGACGGAAGCUUUACUAGGCAUGAAUUUUCAUGUGGUGAUGGUACUGUGUGGGAUUCUGAAAUUGAAGCUUGUAAUCACGCUUGGGCAGUUAAAAAAUGCGGAGGAAAUAUUGAUCUAAAGGAAGAUGUUACCUCACCUGUUACUGAGUAUGAUUUAAAUAAUGGAUACUCGACUCAUAAUUACAACAAUUAUGACACUUUAAGUACUCCUCAACAUUCAAGCAUGGAUUUACAAACAACUACUAAACAAACAAUCUUACUGAGCAAUCAUAGUGAAUGUGAAAGAGAUGGAUUUAUGGGUGAUAAAUUAGAUUGCAAGAAAUUUUAUAGAUGUGUCGAUGACGGUAGUGGAAAAUAUACUCGAUAUGAAUUUUCAUGUGGUGAAGGUACUGUAUGGGAUCCAAAAAUACAAGCAUGUAACCACGCAUGGGCCGUAGAAGAAUGUGGCAGCAGUAUGCCUAUACCGACUACACACAAUAUUAAUGAUGUUUCUGUGAGACCUAGUGCUGCUACUACCCAAGAAAAUGAAAACGGAUAUGUUCAUACAACACAAAGCACUACUAUAGUAGAUAGCAUGAUGUCAAUUACAACUGUGCGCAGUUCGACAUCAAUGGCGACUGUUAUCAACAAUAAACCUGAAUGUCAAUCCAGUGGAUUUAUGGGAGAUCCAAUUAAUUGCAAGAAAUUUUAUAGAUGUGUUGAUAAUAGUGAUGGAGGAUUCACUCAACACGAAUUUUUAUGUGGUGAAGGUACAGCUUGGGAUCCUACGAUUGAAGCGUGUAAUCACGAAAAUGCGGUAAAACAUUGUAGCGAGAGUUCAGAAAGCCAAUUUAAAGAAACAACACCUUCUACCCAAACUCAAACUUCAACAACGACAUCAUCUUCUAGUUAUAUUGUAACACAAUCACAACAAUCUCAGACACCAAUAUAUUCCUCGACGUUAUCUACAACUUCUUUAAUGGACGGUAACUCAAUGACAUCAGAAGAUAAAGAAUGUACAUCAGAAGGAUUCUUUGCUAAUCAGUACAAUUGCAAACAAUCAUCAACAACACAACAGUCAUCAACAACACAACAGCCAUCAACAACACAACAGCCAUCGACAACACAACAACCAUCAACGACAGAACAACCAUCAACUACAGAACAACCAUCAACGACAGAACAACCAUCAACGACACAACAGCCAUCAACAACAGAGUCAUCGACCACUGAAACAUCUACCACUAUCACAACUAGAGAGCCUGAUCAAACGACUUCUCAAACAAGUCAGGAACAAACUACAAAGUCGACCACCAACCCAACUACAGAAACAACGGUAACAGAAUCUGGUUCUACUGAGCAAACAUCAACCUCUGAUCAAGUUAUUACAUCCACUCAACCACUUACAACUGAAGAAAAUACUUCACCAACAGAAACUCAAAGUUCAACAACAGAAGCGUCAACAACAGAAAAUCAAUCCCAAUCAAGUACAGAAUCUAACACACCAAAUCAAGAGUGCCCUGAAACAGAUGAAGAUCAAUAUUUACUCGUGUGUCCGACUUCAUUUAAGCGACAUCCGAAAUAUUGUAAUUUGUUUUAUCAAUGCACUGAAGAUAAUAACACUCAUGAAAUAAAAGUAGCUACAUUUAAUUGUCCAAAUAAUACGAUAUACGACGAGUCUAAAGUUCAGUGUGUAGAAGAAAGUCAAAGUGAUAAAAAAUGCAACGGCCAAAUGGCUCGAAAACACAGGGUGAAACGAUUGGGAAUUGCGGAUAAUGAGCCGAUUGUCGUUUCAAAAGAAAGUAUGGCAUGCCCAAGAGUCGGACAUUUUCCUUUUGAAAAACAUGAAGAAUGCUCAGCCGCCUUAUUAAAAUGUGAAUUGACAAAAUCUGGAAAAUUACGUGGUUACGUCUAUCAAUGUCCAGAAGGUUUCGUUUAUUGGUCAAUAAGUAGAAAAUGCGAGCCAUUAAGGAAACUAAGAGAAUGUAAAAAACCUUCAAAUGCAUGGAAUAAACGAUACGAUAUACCUGUAGAAAAAUAUAACGUUGCCACUUAAUGUUUUAAGAGUGAAAAUACGUGCAAUACAAAAAUAGAUAUUCUGUUAUAUACUAAUAAUGUAGAUAUUGGGAUAACGUAUCAUUUUGUUAUCAUAUAGUUAAUGUAUAAGUAAUUAAUUCUAGUCUCAUUCUUAUUCUUUUUUAAAACUAAUCUAUUAUUUUCAUUAAGCUGCUGCCAUAAACUAAUGAAGAAUUGCAACUUGUGAACAAAAUAUUGUAGUAUGACAUUAUUUUGAUCA